CAAUUUUUACGAAGAGAAUGGCUAAAAAGACAAAUCCAAUGCUUUUAGCAUUUGUAUCGAUCAUGAUUCUAUUGUCUGCUUCAAACCAAUUUGUUUGUAGAGGAGAAUGGAAGCCCAAUUGGAGCACUAAAGCUGCUGAAGAAGCUGAGGCUGUGGCAGCCAUAACAUGCUCAGGACAUGGAAGAGCCUACAUAGAUGGUUUGAUUCUUAAUGGACAUGAGCCUGUUUGCGAAUGCAAUUCAUGCUAUGGUGGCUCAGAUUGCUCCAAUUUUUUAUCUAAUUGUUCUGCGAACGCUGAAAGUGGGGAUCCAUUAUUUUUGGAGCCAUUUUGGAUGCAACAUGCAGCAAGUAGUGCAAUUUUAGUAUCAGGUUGGCACAGAAUGAAAUAUAUAUAUAGUGAUGGAUCAUUAAUGUCAGAAAUGCUGGUGAAGCACAUCCGUAAAGUUCAUGACAUUGUUGGAAAUGCUGUUACUGAAGGAAGGUAUAUCAUAUUUGGAAAUGGUGCAACCCAUCUCCUUAAUGCUGCUGUUUAUGCCUUGUCUCUCAACUCUUCAAUAUCUCCAGCAAAAGUCGUAGCCACAACCCCACAUUACGAUGUAUAUCGUUCCCAAACCCAACUUUUUAAUUCAAGGAAUUAUAUAUAUGAAGGGGACACGUCCUCAUGGAAGAACUACUCAGAUAGCACCACAAGAUUUAUCGAGUUUGUGACUUCACCAAAUAAUCCAGAUGGAAAGUUGAAUAAGGGAAUUCUUCAUGGCCCUAACGUUAAAACCAUCUAUGAUCGUGUUUAUUAUUGGCCACAUUUCACUGCUAUUCCUUCUCCAGCUGAUGAAGAUCUCAUGGUGUUUUCAAUCUCAAAGCUCACAGGUCAUGCUGGCAGUAGAUUUGGCUGGGCAAUAGUAAAGGAUGAGGCAGUAUAUCAAAACAUGUUGACAUAUGUGCGAUUUAAUACGAUAGGAGUUUCUCAUGAUGCUCAAUUAAGAGCUUUGAAACUUCUUGACAUGGCUAUUGAAGGAGAUGGAAAAGAAAUAUUUCAAUUUUCAUAUCCAAUUAUGAGAGAUCGUUGGAUAAGGUUGAAACAAGUUAUAUCUAAAUCAAGACGUUAUUCUCUACAAAAACUGUCUGCUCGAUAUUGCAACUUUUUCAAGAUGGUUAGAGAUCCUUCACCAGCCUAUGCUUGGUUGAAGUGCAAGAGACAAUCAGAGAAGAAUUGCUAUGAAAUUCUUAAAACUGCUGGCAUAAUUGGUCGUCAAGGAAGUCGCUUCAAUGCUAAUAAUCGUUACAUACGUCUCAGUCUUAUUAGGAGUCAAGAUGAUUAUGAGAUGCUAAUAAACAAGUUUAGGAAUCUUGUUGCUAAAGAAACAGAAACCAAAAUAAAAUUUGACAAAUGGAGCAAGAAUAUCACUACAAGCUCGUACAUAUGAAACUAAUAAACUUAUAUUUUGUUAAAAGUCUGUU